GAAGGUGUUCCAAGGUACUUGGUGUUUCAGUAAGUGAGUUACAAGAUAGUUUCAAACAAGAGGCGUCUGAAUCUGUAAAGCAGCCUUCAAUGUUUCCAAGAAACUUUCUAGAGUAUUGCUGUUUCAGGGCACUUGCACUCUCUGUAGGAGUAACUGGUCAUCUAAGUGAUAAAGACUUUCGGCGUUUAACUUUUGAUAUGAUGGUUGCUUGGGAGGUCCCUUCUGCUGCUAGCCAGGCAUUACCCAGUGUUGAUGAAGAUCCAACUGUUGGUUUAGAAGCCUUCUCCCGGAUUGCUCCAGCAGUUCCUAUAAUAGCUGAUGUGAUCAUAUGUGAGAAUCUGUUCGGGAUGCUGACUUCUGCCUCAAACAGUGUUCGGCUUCAGUUCUAUGUUUAUGACAAGUAUUUGUAUGGACUCGAAAGAGCAAUAAAGAAGAUGAAGAGCCAGUCCGAGUCAUCUUUGCUUUCUGGUGUUCGAUCAAAAGGAGAAAAGAUACUCGAGGUCGACGGGACAGUUACUACCCAACCAGUUCUAGAACAUAUUGGAAUAUCAGCAUGGCCAGGUCGCUUGAUUCUGACUGAUCAUUCGCUAUAUUUCGAGGCUAUAAAGGUUGUGUCUUUUGACACACCAAAGCGUUAUAGCCUAUCUGAAGAUCUGAAACAAGUCAUUAAACCAGAGUUAACUGGUCCUUGGGGAACUCGGCUUUUCGAUAAGGCUGUCUCUUACAAGUCUAUUUCCCUACCAGAACCAGUAGUAAUGGAGUUCCCAGAGCUCAAGGGCCACACACGACGAGAUUACUGGCUCUCUAUAAUCCUAGAAGUGUUAUAUGUUCAUAGAUACAUAAAAAAGUUCAAGAUCAGCAGCGGUGUGGCGAAAGAUGAAGCUAUCUCAAAAGCUGUGCUCGGUAUCUUGCGUGUGCAAGCAGUUCAAGAACUCGGGUUAACUACCCCUGUACGUUACGGAAAUCUUCUCCCGUUCAAUCUCUGCGAUCAGCUUCCUGGUGGCGAUCGUAUUCUGGAGACGCUUGCAGAGAUGUCUAGUUCUAGAGUUCUGGAGCGGACAAACAAAGCCAAAGACAUCGGGACAUUGCAGUCAAUGUCGGCAUCGGAUAUGGUUUCGCAAUUGGGUUCGGUUUUCGGAGCAACGAGUCCAACGAGUAAUAGUAGUCUUGUGGUAGGUGACGUGAUGGUUGGAGAUGUGAACCCAUUGGAGAAAGCGGUUAAGCAAUCAAGAAAGAACUACGAGAAAGUGGUUCUUGCUCAAGAGACUGUUAAUGGAGUCAAAGUUGAUGGAAUUGACACCAAUGCAGCAGUGAUGAAGGAACUGCUACUUCCGGUUAUGGAAAUGGGGAACUGGUUUUUGUCGUUAGCAUAUUGGGAUGAUCCAUUCAAGUCUUUUGUUUUCUGUCUCUUCUCUACUUUANAAUCAUUUUCUUGUGGAAUGGAUUUGUAG